CUCAUCAGAGUUUGGACAUAGAAGAACUGGUCAGAGUUGAAUUUGGAAGAACUAAGAAGGUAUUGGUUCAACUAGGAGAUAUACUUGACUGGAACCGAUUGUACUCCGGACAUACCAGUGACAUAGAUGAUUAUCAAGCAUGUCAGAUAUACGCGAUUCUGCAAGAGACGUUGCAAGCAUUAGGUGGUAAAGCAAUGGUGGUGGGACAUACUCCUCAAACUGAAGGCAUAAACUGUAAAUACAGUUGUUGUAUAUGGCGUGUGUAUGUUGCAAUGUCCAGUGGAGUCCUUAAUUCAAUACCGGAGGUUCUAGAAAUAAUAGACAAUGAAGCAAGGGAAAUAAGGAGAAGAACAAAUAUGUUUAGCGAAUUUCAGAUUGUUGACUACAGAUGGAGAUUCCUACAUCUGAUAAGGCGAUUAUUAGAAUUUCUAGCUACAAUUUGUGUUGAAGUUCAUCCCGUUGCGAUACUGCUGGUCAAGGGAAAUUUGGUGGCCUUAGAGAUGGAUAUUAAGAAAGGACUUAGGGAUGAAGUUCAGGAGCUUAACUCUCGAUUGCUAAAUCAAGAUGCGUACAUUGAAGAACGUUGAAUGGUGAAUAAAAAGCUGGAAUCCUGCACUCCAAAGUAUCACACUGGCUCCCUCCGUUCAAAGAAACAAAGUUAUAAAUGUCAAGACAAUUUUUUUUAUCACUGCCUUCUUCAUUUAAUGUGUAGGAAGAGUACACUUGAUAUGGAUUAAUCAAGAGUAAUCUAGAGUAACAUGGUUUCAACCGAGCUAUGUCGGUAGUAUAAGAAGCAUCUAGAGUGAUUAGCUAGUAAGUAAGAGGGUGGUCGAUUUGUAUAGAGUGUUAGUGAAUUUUGUUGUAAAAGAUUGUUGGAAAGCCGGUCACUAGAUUAUUCUAGAGUAGUCGUAUACUAGAUAGUAAAAGAAAGUUCUUGACCUUCAAGAGGUCGGUUAACUAAAGUUAUAAAUAGACUUGAGUGGGUUCAGUUAUAACUUGUAAAGUUGUAAUUGAGUGGAAACUCGAAGUUGGUAGUAAGGUUUGUACUCGAGUGAAAUCAUGAGUGGUAAGGUGUUAGGAAAAAAAAUAGAGAGAGCAUUCUGUAAACAAAAUUAAGAUCUGUUAAAAAAGAAAUAAAAGUUUCUUUUUCUUAA